AUGGCCUCGCGUUUCUUAUCGACGACGACACUCAUCAGACCGCCGACGAAUCUCAACAACUCGCCAACGUUUUUAACGGCGAGAGUUGGUGUGAGAAAGGCGAGUCUUAGCGUGAGGGCUGUGAGCGAUAGCUCUCAAGGCUCCGUCGAUGGAACCGUUUACAAAGGCGUUUACGGUCCCUGGACCGUUGAGUCCUCCGAUGUUAAAGAGGUUAUUCUGUACAGGUCAGGACUUGUAACUGCUGCUGCAUCGUUUGUAGCAGCUUCUUCUGCUGCGUUUCUACCAGAAAACUCAUGGCUUAGUGAAACAAUCAAGCAAAACCAUGAUUUGUUCUACCUUGUUGGUGCUGGUGGCUUGGGCCUAUCCUUGUUUCUGAUACAUAUUUAUGUAACCGAGAUUAAGAGGACUCUUCAGGCUUUGUGGGCACUUGGUGUUGUUGGCUCCUUUGCCGCUUACGCAGCCCUAGCUAGACCAGCCAGUGAUAACUUGGUUCACUAUGUUGUUGAUCAUCCAAACGCUGUUUGGUUUGUCGGUCCUCUUUUCGCUGCUCUCACUGGCCUCGUUUUCAAAGAAGGACUUUGUUAUGGAAAGCUAGAAGCUGGCCUUCUUACAUUCAUCAUACCCUCACUUCUUCUUGGUCAUUUGAGUGGUUUGAUGAAUGAUGAGGCAAAGCUGGUGUUGCUAGGAACAUGGAUGACGCUCUUUUUAGUAUUUGCUGGAAGAAAAUUCACUCAGCCUAUAAAGGAUGAUAUUGGGGAUAAAUCUGUUUUCAUGUUCAUGGCUCUUCCGGAAGAUGAGAAGAAGGCUGUAGUUGCAAAACUCGAACAAGAAAAUUCUGGGUCUGGGCACAAAUACCCGUUACUUGCUCAAAACCCGCGACUUGCCCCUUAUCCGCCUUGUUCAACCAAGUACUUGUUCGAAGCAAGGUAG